GGGGCAUUGUGUCGGCUCGCGGUGCGCGACCGUCCGCUCGCGGUGGGGCCGGGGCUGAGGUGUUAGCGCGGCUGCGGCCCGCGAGGGAGGCCGGCGAGCAGGAGCGCGCGAGCGGCUGCGGACGCCGGCGAGGGCGGCGGGAGCACCAUGCAGAUCGGCGCCCGGCGCCCUGCAGACCCCUCGAGAGGCACAGAGGCCGGGGCGGCGCCGGGGCGCCGGGGAGCAUGAGAGCAGCCAGGGACCGGCUGGGUUCGGAGCUCUGCUAGGGAGCGGUGUGCGCGGAACGCUCGCCUGGACGCGGCAGAGGGCGGGAGCCUAGCGCCCGGGGCUGUGGGCAUUUCGGACGCCGACGCGAGGGGCCGGAGCCAGCCGAGGCUCCCGGCAAGCAGCCGACAUGGGCAACGCGGGGAGCAUGGACUCGCAGCAGACCGAUUUCAGGGCGCACAACGUGCCAUUGAAGCUGCCGAUGCCCGAGCCAGGUGAACUGGAGGAGCGCUUUGCCAUCGUGCUGAAUGCUAUGAACCUACCUCCUGACAAAGCCAGGUUACUGCGGCAGUAUGACAAUGAGAAAAAAUGGGAGCUGAUCUGUGAUCAGGAGCGAUUCCAGGUGAAGAACCCUCCCCACACAUACAUUCAGAAGCUCAAAGGCUACCUGGAUCCAGCUGUAACCAGGAAGAAAUUCAGAAGGCGUGUUCAAGAAUCUACACAAGUGCUAAGAGAACUGGAAAUCUCAUUGAGAACCAACCACAUUGGAUGGGUCAGAGAGUUUCUGAAUGAAGAAAACAAAGGCCUUGAUGUUCUCGUGGAGUAUCUAUCCUUUGCACAGUAUGCAGUCACUUUUGACUUUGAAAGUGUGGAAAGUACCGUGGAGAGUACAGUGGACAAAUCAAAGCCCUGGAGUAGGUCCAUCGAGGACCUGCACAGAGGGAACAACCUGCCCUCCCCUGUGGGCAACAGUGUGUCCCGCUCUGGAAGACAUUCUGCACUUCGAUAUAAUACAUUGCCAAGCAGAAGAACCCUGAAAAAUUCAAGAUUAGUGAGUAAGAAAGACGAUGUUCAUGUCUGUAUCAUGUGUUUACGAGCCAUCAUGAAUUAUCAGUAUGGUUUCAACAUGGUCAUGUCUCAUCCACAUGCUGUCAAUGAGAUCGCACUAAGUUUGAACAACAAGAAUCCCAGGACAAAAGCUCUCGUCUUGGAGCUCCUGGCAGCCGUUUGUCUUGUCAGAGGCGGGCAUGAAAUCAUUUUAUCAGCUUUUGAUAACUUCAAGGAGGUCUGUGGAGAAAAGCAGCGCUUUGAGAAGUUGAUGGAACAUUUCAGAAAUGAAGAUAAUAACAUAGAUUUUAUGGUGGCUUCUAUGCAGUUUAUUAAUAUUGUAGUCCAUUCGGUAGAGGACAUGAACUUCAGGGUUCACCUCCAAUAUGAAUUUACCAAAUUAGGCCUGGAUGAGUACUUGGACAAGCUGAAACACACAGAGAGUGACAAGCUGCAGGUACAGAUUCAGGCUUACCUAGACAAUGUGUUUGACGUGGGAGCCCUGCUGGAAGAUGCAGAAACCAAGAAUGCAGCCUUGGAGCGGGUGGAGGAACUGGAAGAAAACAUCUCUCAUCUGUCUGAAAAGCUGCAGGACACGGAGAAUGAAGCCAUGUCCAAGAUCGUGGAACUGGAAAAGCAGCUCAUGCAGAGGAAUAAGGAACUGGAUGUUGUCCGGGAAAUCUACAAAGAUGCAAAUACCCAAGUUCACACAUUAAGGAAAAUGGUCAAAGAAAAGGAAGAAGCCAUUCAAAGACAGUCUACCCUGGAAAAAAAGAUUCAUGAACUGGAGAAACAAGGGACCAUUAAAAUUCAGAAGAAAGGAGAUGGGGACAUUGCCAUACUGCCAGUUGUGGCCUCUGGCACAUUGCCCAUGGGGUCAGAACUAGCAGUGGGUAACUAUGGAGGACCAGUUACAGGGGCCACCUCCUCAGGACCCUCACUCCCUCCUCCUCCUCCACCCCCUCCAUCAUCAGACAUGCCUGGAGCAGCGCCAAACGGACCAGCAUCGCCACCUAUGUCACCCCCUCCUCCCCCACCCCCUCCACCCCCUCCUCCCCCACCCCCACCCCCUCCACUCCCAGGUCCUGCAGCUGAGGCUGUGCCAGCUCCUCCUCUCCCACCACCCCCUCCUCCCUCUGCACCCCCGCUGCCUGGGACUUCUUCACCCACAGUAGUUUUCAACUCAGGAUUAGCAGAUGGGCCAAUCAAGCUUUUCUCUGUGAAAAUUAAGAAGCCAAUCAAGACGAAGUUCAGAAUGCCAGUAUUUAACUGGGUUGCUCUCAAGCCCAAUCAGAUCAAUGGCACAGUCUUCAAUGAAAUCGAUGAUGAGCGGAUCCUAGAGGAUUUAAAUGUGGACGAAUUUGAGGAAAUCUUCAAAACAAAAGCCCAAGGUCCUGCCAUUGAUCUUUCUUCAAGCAAGCAGAAAAUACCACAGAAGGGAUCAAGUAAAGUGACAUUAUUAGAAGCGAAUAGAGCCAAAAACCUUGCCAUAACUUUAAGGAAAGCGGGGAAGACUGCCGAUGACAUAUGCAAAGCUAUUCACGUAUUUGACUUGAAGACAUUACCAGUUGACUUUGUUGAAUGUUUGAUGAGGUUCCUGCCAACGGAGAAUGAGGUGAAAGUGCUCCGGCUCUAUGAGAGAGAGAGGAAGCCCUUGGAGAACUUGUCAGACGAAGACCGCUUCAUGAUGCAGUUCAGUAAGAUUGAGCGGCUCAUGCAGAAGAUGACCAUUAUGGCCUUCAUUGGGAACUUUGCAGAAAGCAUUCAGAUGCUGACUCCUCAACUUCACGCAGUUAUAGCCGCAUCUGUUUCUAUCAAGUCAUCUCAAAAGCUCAAGAAAAUUCUGGAGAUCAUCUUGGCCCUUGGAAACUAUAUGAAUAGCAGCAAACGAGGAGCAGUUUAUGGAUUUAAACUUCAGAGUUUAGAUCUGCUCUUGGACACAAAGUCAACAGACCGGAAACAAACACUGCUGCACUACAUAUCCAAUGUGGUAAAAGAAAAAUAUCAACAAGUUACUCUGUUUUAUAAUGAGCUUCAUUAUGUGGAAAAAGCUGCUGCAGUCUCCCUUGAAAAUGUUCUGCUGGAUGUCCGGGAGCUGCAGAGGGGAAUGGACUUAACCAAGAGGGAGUAUACUAUGCAUGACCAUAACACGCUGCUGAAAGAGUUCAUCCUUCACAACGAGGGCAAGCUGAAGAAGCUGCAGGAUGACGCUAAGAUUGCUCAGGAUGCCUUUGAUGAUGUGGUGAAGUAUUUUGGUGAAAACCCCAAGACAACACCACCGUCUGUGUUCUUCCCUGUCUUUGUUCGGUUUGUGAAAGCCUACAAGCAAGCAGAAGAGGAAAAUGAACUGAGGAAAAAGCAGGAACAAGCUCUCAUGGAAAAACUUUUGGAGCAAGAAGCCUUGAUGGAGCAGCAGGACCCAAAGUCUCCUUCCCAUAAAUCAAAGAGGCAGCAGCAAGAGUUAAUUGCGGAAUUAAGAAGGCGACAAGUUAAAGAUAACAGACAUGUAUAUGAGGGAAAAGAUGGCGCCAUUGAAGACAUUAUCACAGAUCUUAGAAACCAACCAUAUAGACGAGCCGAUGCGGUGAGACGAAGUGUGAGGCGGCGCUUUGAUGAUCAGAACUUGCGUUCUAUUAAUGGUGCAGAAAUAACAAUGUGACCCCGAGACCAGCCUUCAUGAGAGGGUGUACAUGAAACUGCCGAUGUGAACUUUAUGUGCUACUACCAUUUAGCUGCAGCCUUCAAUACAGAUAAAAUUUCCUUAAGGGCUCAGAUUUAGUAAACACAUAGAAAUUAAAAACAAUGGGUUCUCCUUUUAACCCCUGUUAACAAGUGCCUAAAAUUGGAAGUAACUUGCUCAGAUUAAUCAAAGCAAUAGAAUUUGACUUAAAUCUUUUUACAUCAGUAUGUUACUCAGUUUUUUAACCAAAAUGUAAAUUUCAUAUUAAAUUCAUUAUUUGCCAUUGUGACUGUCCCUUAUGGCCCACCCUGGCUUCCUGGUAAUUUGUAAAUAACAGGGAUGUGUUUGCUAUGGCCUUCCUUUGCUGAGAAGUCUUCUAAGAAAUUGUGUGUUCGAGCCAUACUCAUCAACUGUAUCUUUAAGGACUUGUAACAAGGGAGAAGGAAACUGGCACAGGAUAAUGUCCUUCUAUUAUGAAGGCCCAGCAAAGUACAACCAGGAUGCAACUGCAGUACCACUAGGAGUCUGUCUUGUCUCAUGUUGUUUCUGUGCACCAUGCACAAAGGCGUUCACUUGUAUGACUGCAGAAUGGCAUAAAACAUUGUAAGACUUAUUGCAGAAACUGUGUUCUUAAGCUAGAGGCAGCUUUUAAUAACACAAAUAUAUUUAUUAAUUCUAAAAUUACCAUUAUGGGUCCAUUCUUAGAACAGAAAUUGGUGCCUUGUUAGUCAGGGAGAAUUUACCACAAGCUCUAUCAGUAACACAAAAUUACAUGUGUUAGUGUAAUGUUGGAACCUGGCCUUAUUCUCUUCUGACAAUCCAAGGGCCUUUUUCUUUUUCCUUUUGUAAACCGAAGGAUACUGAUACAGCUGACAUUAAGUUAUCAAGGCUGAAUUGCUUUAUGUAUUUCUCACUUAUGAGAAUUUCCAAUUAGGUUUUAGAAAAUUAACAUUAAGUUUAAAUUAUAUUGAUAGGUUUAAAUGGUUAAGUCACAUUUUUACUUCCUCACUGGCAAGGCAUUUUGAUCCAUUCCAAAGUCAAAGACUGGACUGAAGCUAAAUUUGUACUUCUCAUAAUACAAACUGUUUCUGGCUUACCUUGUUGGUACAUCAGUAUAUUAAUUGUAAAAAUUAUUGUAUAGUAUUUAACCGCUGAAUUUGUGUUCAUGUGAACCCCCUUGGUGAAGGUCCCCUUUUUCAUGGAUGUGUAGUUAUAUCUUUUAAAAUGUACAGAUAUUUUGCUAUAAGAUUGGUGCAGUUUUUUAUGGUUUUUACAAUUCUCUUUUAAUUCCUACCUAAGCCCCGAGUAAUCCUGUAAAUAUUGUUUAAAAAUGUUCAUCAACCUAUGCUACACAAUCUGAAUGUUACUUUAACUUAUAGUUUUUUUAAAAUAUAUAUAUUUAACUACAAGGACAAUUUAAGAGUCAGUUACCACAUUUCACAGUAGUAUGCCUAUUUACAGAUCCCUUUUUAAUGGCCACCUGAUGGCACAUUCAUAAAUGUAUAGUUUUAAAAGAACAUGCCAGGAUUGUUGUCUUUUUGUUGAGUCAUCCAUUUUGAUGAAUAUAUUAAUUUGAUCAUAAUAUUGGACAUUUUAUCAAGGAAAUCAGCUAUUUUCCAAAGGUGUGCAUUUGCUUAAAAAAUUGCUCAUUUCCUAAUAUACAAACAGACAAUAAUGCUGGCAUAUUCUUUUGUUUGUCUAUUAGUGAUCCUGCUUCUUAGCAAUAUUAGAAAUGUUUUAUAAAAGCAAUUCAUGUUACUUUUCUGGUCUUUUCAUGCCAUUUGAGCAAAUAAACUAUUUACACUACUA